GGAAUAAAAACAUGAUGAAGUAGGAGAUAAAGGAAGAAGGGUUUCUAAUGGGAACUAAAGUAAAGAGAUAUGAUGAACAAAAUAGUGGUGUUAAAAAUGUAAGAAAAAGGUAAAAUUGAAUAAGGAAAAAGGGUCAUCGUUAACACACACGUAGACGUAGGAACAUAUUCACUAAUGCAACCUAGAUUCAUCAUUGUAGUUCAAAGACUAUACAUUCCAUGUCUGCGACUGUGAUGAUAAUGUGCAUGGAUAAUUUUCUAUGGCUGUAUGUCUAGAUACUAGAUACAUUCCUUCAAAAAUUUACCUUUCUCUUAUUAUUCUGCAGGGGUGUGAGGUUUUAUCAAACCCACAGAAAUCACUGGCUUACUUGAGACAUACUGCAGUGUAGAGAAAAACAAAUCGCUACAGCGUGAAGACUGGAGACACCGCCCUCUGCCUGUGGACAUGGUGCAGUAUGCUCGAGCAGAUGCACAUUAUCUAUUAUAUAUUGCAAAUUGUUUAAUUGCUGAGAUGAAAGAACUGGACAUUGAAUAUUCAUCUUGCCACGAUGACAAGUUCCAUUUUGUUCUCGAGGCUGGCCGACGUUCAAACAUGAUCUGUCUGCAACUCUAUACAAAAGAUAUUGAAGAUUCUCCUGGGGAGUCUGCAGCAUCAUCAAUACUUUCUCGCCAGUUGAACAGUCAAGGAGGUGGUCAAAUAUCAAAUGAAACCAAGGUCUGUUGCCCAUAUGACUGUAACAUGUUACUAUUUGGAAAGAUUAAGUGAUAUUCUGAAUGUUUAUUUCUUCAUUCUAGUCUCAGGAUAGUGUAAGACAAUUGUGUGCAUGGAGAGACUUAAUGGUAAGUGGCUUAGUCAUAGCCUUAAGCGAGCUAAUGAUUUUAGUAUGUAUAACGGAAAAAUGAUUUAACGGACAAUUCUUUUGUAUUAUCUUUUUUGUCAUUAAAAUAAAUUUUUUUAUUUAUU